GGACCAUGUUGCAGCGGCUCGUAUUCAACAGACUCCUCCAGCAGUGUUUGUGGGGCAAUCCGGAGCCCACCAGGGGUUUACUGUGCAGGUUUCCCACUGGGCUGGGGGCUGGACACGGAUCUGCGUGGCACAGGAGUAAAUCAACGGCCGUUCCAGAUGCGAGGGAGCGGACUCUCGUUGCUGUGAAGCCCGAUGGAGUUCAGCGUCGUCUCGUGGGACAAAUAAUCCAACGGUUUGAGCGGCGCGGCUUCAAGCUGGUCGGACUGAAGAUGUUGCAGGUGUCCGAGGACCUCCUGUCUCAGCACUACUGUGAACUGAAGACGAAGCCCUUCUAUCCCAGUCUGCUCCGGUACAUGACCUCAGGGCCCGUGGUCGUCAUGGUGUGGGAAGGGCACAAUGUGGUGCAGACGUCACGCACAAUGGUGGGACACACUAAUCCUGCUGAGGCGCAGGCGGGAACGGUCAGAGGAGACUUCAGCGUUCACGUCAGCAGGAACGUCGUCCACGCCAGCGACUCCCUGGAGGGAGCGCAGAGGGAGAUCCAGCUGUGGUUUCAAGGAAAAGACCUCCUGAACUGGGAGUGCUGCGACCAGAGCAGCACCAGCGAGGCGUGAGGGCGGUGACGCUGGAAGGCAGCGAGGGUCGGCGAUGCUACCUCUUCUCCUGCUGCUCAAAGGCCUGUCUCCUCACCUCUGACCACGGUGGAAACCAGAUGAGCCAUACUCAGAUCUAAUAAUUUACCUCAGUGAGUGCACUCAGAAUCUGAAAGUUUUACCUGAAACACAAGUGAGUGCAAGUGACAAUAUUAUGUGUUAUGUACACGCACAGCUGUUAGCAACUUUUAAAAGUGGUGCUCGACGCGAAAGUCUGUUUCAGUCUCUGAACUCAUUCUGAUUUCAGCUGUAAAGUUUCUUGACUUCAUCUCACACGGUUGUGAUGCUCAUGGACAAACAGACGAGACUCGUGAGGUGAAAUCCGGAAACCACACAAUGCAACAACAUGUCUGACUAACAGUUAAAUGUUAGUGUGCGUCUUUAUGAAUUCUAGUUUUCUAAACAUCCCUGAAGUUAAAAGUUACUUUAUCUUCGGCUAAAUCAAACGGAAAUCCAUCCAAAGCAUCAGAUUUCAUUGGUAAAAUCUUAACUGCCUUAAUUCACUUAUAACAGUUAUUUAAUUUUUUUUACUUUGGCCCCUGAUAACUGUAUGAGAAUUGUGCAUAGCUAUAAAUACAGAUAAAUGGGUGACACACAUGCUAAUAGAUUUCUAUAACAACAAAGAAAGAAGCGCACAGUUUUCCUUUUUCCAGUGGCAAUCCUAGGAUCUUGGGGGCCCCAGGGCAAAGAAAUACUUAGACUCCUAAGUCCAAACUAGGAAAUCUGUCAUAGGGGAAAUGGAAGUGAGCCCCUAGUGGUUGGCGGAGAGUACUGUCAAUGCAUUAUAGGGCCUUGAAAAGAUUUUAAGUGAUUAAUGGUUACGACAUGCCAAAAGGUAUUUAAGACAGUUAAAUCCUCAUUUUUGGCAACUGAUUACUUGAAUAUCUUAAUUUUCUAUGUCUAAAAUAAAUUGCAUGCAACUGAAAACAAUAAAUAAUCCUCCUACCUCUGUAAAACUGAAGGAAUAUUAAGCAGAACGUUGAGAAAUGUUUGAAAUGUGAAUUGUUGAUGAGCCAGAAUAAAAAAAAAAUACAAAAAAAAUACAAAAAAGAAAACAGUUGCCUUCAGAUAAA